UAUUCGAGUAGUACGUAUCUUCAAGUUAAUUUUACAUCAUGACUGGCCGUGGAAAGGGAGGAAAAGGAUUGGGAAAGGGAGGAGCCAAGCGUCACAGGAAGGUUUUGCGUGAUAAUAUCCAAGGUAUCACGAAACCAGCUAUCCGUCGUCUUGCUCGUCGUGGUGGUGUGAAGCGUAUUUCUGGUCUGAUCUACGAAGAAACUCGUGGUGUACUAAAAGUUUUCCUGGAAAACGUUAUCCGUGAUGCUGUUACGUACACCGAGCACGCUAAAAGGAAGACCGUAACGGCAAUGGACGUCGUUUACGCUUUGAAACGCCAAGGCAGAACCCUCUACGGUUUUGGUGGUUAAUUGGUGCCGCUAUAUUGCUGCAUUCAUAAACACAAACGGCCCUUAUCAGGGCCAACAAUAUUUUCAAACGUAUGAAUUCUUUCUGUCAAUACAAAGCAAUAUACUAUUUCGUUGAAAACCGUUAACUAUAGAGUGCCUUAAAUACAUUUAUUGUAUAUUACAGCGAUAAUGUUAUAUUUUUUU